GAGGUCAAGGAGUGCACAAUGUGGCCGUCGAGGCAAGCUGUGCUCGACAAGCGAAAGGACCACAAGCGCAAGAAGGGCUGCAACCUCUUCCAGGGCUUGACCAGCAAGCAGAGGUUAUGGAUUAAGAUCAUCAUCGCUCUCCUCGUCAUUGGCGCUGCGGUCGGUCUUGGUGUAGGCAUCUCGCGAGCGGUCGGUGGUGGUGUAUGGGCCGGCGAGGGCAAGAGCAAGGAGAUCCCGCACAACUGAGCUCUUCAUGGGCUCCGUUAGCAACAGCACUGUCACAGAGUCGCUCAGUACAUCAUUUGAGCAUGACCAUCGACUACGACUACGCGCGUACUUUCUUCGACAUCAUUAUGAUAUCCCCUUUUACUGUUUAUUGCUUGUACCUAAUGUACAUAUUUCUGUCUUGCUUCUGUCUAUAUUUCAACGGGACACAUCUGGGGUCUGGGCGCACUGGGCGCACUUCACCGGCAUAUCAAUGCAUUUGGGCAAGGAUCAAGGAGCUUGGUGUUUACAUGGGGUUUUCCUACAGGUGCGACAGAUCCACAGUAGAGCUACAACGCACGAGAGAGACCGAUCAAUUGAACAUCGCCUUUGCUUCUCAGCAAGGCUGAACUCCCAAGACUCACAUUUCCGAAGUCUCUGUAAUUCUUGCGCAGCUGUUGCAUCUGCACGUCAUUCUGAACACACUUGUGUCACGACCUCAACGGUUUCACUAACCCCACUCAUAAUGGCAUGUCAAGCGCGCACGGUGUGUUCCACAUGUAUUGGUGACCCGUCGAACAAGGCACCGUUCUGACGUACCCGGCGACAAUGCGAAACGCGGAAGUCCAAACGUGCAAACGAACGCGCGCCUCCAACACUUCACAUGUCCAUCAAA